GAUACUGUGCUGGUGCGGGGAUUUUAAAGGGCAGCUCUUUAUUCUAUGGGGCAGCGGCGGCCUCUCUGCGUCGGGUCGCCCACUGGUUCGUGGCAGUCGUACCUGUUUAUUUUCGCCGACGCAGAUUCGAAAAUGGCCACAGGAGAUAUAAGAAACAACCUCAAGAUGCUCAGCGCAGAGAUCCGCAGCGUCAAAACACCGUCGGCUCUUUUAAACCUCGAAGGGAUGAUGGCUGGUGACCCAGAGGUCUACCUGCCAAUUUACGACUACCUGUUCCAGUGGUAUAACACACGCUUGGCCAAUGAAAUUUUACGGAGAGACCUGAAACUGCCCCCAUACAAGCACAACAGGACGAAGUUCCUUGAAACCAUGUACCUAGUGCUGCGGGAGCUCUUCCAGUGGAAGCCUCCACUGAGUAGUUCGCAGUUUUUCUCAUCUGGCUUUGCCGAGAAGAAGAUAAUCAUGUGCAGGGACAUUGUGAAACUGAUUAAAGAGUACAGCAGCUCUCAGAAGUCGGCCAGCCAAGCUGCUACAAGCCCUGCCAGCACAGCAUCAAGGCCAAAAGCCCAAAAAGUGCCUGCUGCCAAAUCCAGUGCUGCUGUGACAAAGGCCAGCUUGCAACCGGCAGCUCCCACCAAUGGUGCUGUCAGCAGGGAGAAGCCACCAUCAUCCAAGGCUGUGCUCAGUGCAAAAAUAGACACACUGCUGCACCAUCUGAUGGAGGUUCAAAGCAGUGUCAAGGCCCUGAAGGAGCAAAUGUUGCUGGUCAUGAACCAGACUGAGACCAUGCUGGACCAAGUGCUGCCCGUGGUCACAGAGAUUGUUGAUGAACUCUACAAGAAGGAAGCUGAAGAUGUUCCCCCAAUUAACAGUGAACAGAGGCAUGAGCUGGACAAAGGUGACGGGGCCACCCGAGAGGGCAGGGCUGCUUCAGGUGUUGCCGAAACUGUCCGACCUAAGAGCGAAGUUCUCUUGGACUAAUAAGCGAACCAUAACGCAAAGUGCAUGUCACGUCCACCGAAUUGCCCGACAGGCUAGUUCUUGCUGCAGUACUGGUGCAUUCAUGCACCUUGGCCUUAUGUCGCUUACAGGAGGCAGCUUUUUUCUGCAACUUAAUCCAGAUUUUGGUCACACAGUGGUAUAUUUGCAGCAACAAUACCAAUUGUUUUGUUGCUUCAGUUUUACAGAAAAACCAAAGCGAAGUAUGCAAUCUUGUCAUUUUUUACCUUUUAAAAGAUAUAUUUUAUUUCAUUUUUAUUCAAGUGCCUAUAUGUGCAAAAAAUAAAAGCUUUCUUACUAUUA